AUGCUGCAGCCAACAAUAUUCCUGCUAUGUCAUGUCACAAGAACAGAGUACAGCAACAGACGCAAGAACACAGUACAGCCACAGACACAAAAACAGAGUACAGCCACAGACACAAGAACACAAUACAGCAACAAGCACAAGAACACAGUACAGCAACAGACACAAGACGUGGUACAGCCACAGACACAAGAACACAGUACAGCCACAGACACAAGAACACAGUACAGCAACAGACACAAGAACAGAGUACAGCAACAGACACAAGAACACAGAACAGCCACAGACACAAGAACAGAGUACAGCAACAGAUACAAGAACACAGUACAAACAACAAGAACAGAGUACAGCCACAGACACAAGAACACAAGAACACAAUACAGCAACAGACACAAGAACACAGUACAGCCACAGACACAAGAACAGAGUACAGCAACAGACACAAGAACACAGUACAAACAACAAGAACAGAGUACAGCCAGACACAAGAACACAAUACAGCAACAGACACAAGAACACAGUACAGCCACAGACACAAGAAAAGAGUACAGCCACAGACACAAGAACACAAUACAGAAACAGACACAAGAACACAGUACAGCAGCAGACACAAGAACACAGUACAGCCACAGACACAAGAACACAGUACAGCCACAGACACAAGAACACAGUACAGCAGCAGACACAAGAACACAAUACAGAAACAGACACAAGAACACAGUACAGCCACAGACACAAGAACACAGUACAGCAGCAGACACAAGAACACAAUACAGAAACAGACACAAGAAUAGAGUACAGCAACAGACACAAGAAAAGAUUACAGCAACAGACACAAGAACACGUACAGCAACAGAUGGAAGAACAGAGUACAGCCACAGACACAAGAACACAGUACAGCCACAGACACAAGAACACAUACAGCAACAGAUGGAAGAACACAGUACAGCCACAUACACAAGAAUAGAGUACAGCCACAGACACAAGAACACAGUACAGCAACAGACACAAGAACACAGUACAGCAACAGAUGGAAGAACACAGUACAGCCACAUACACAAGAAUAGAGUACAGCCACAGACACAAGAACACAGUACAGCAGCAGACACAAGAACACAGUACAGCCACACACACAAGAACACGUACAGCAACAGAUGA